AUGUCGACCGAUCCAGCCGAUGAUUUUCAACAACAUUUGCCUUCUCAUUCCUCAUCAGAACUAGUGGUACAGGAACGAUUAGUGGAGGAAGAAUUUGAACAACGACAAUUUGCUUUUGAAGAAGAAGACGAUUUCAAACAGACAUCGGUCAAUGAUAUUCAUCAUCACCAUCAUGGAUCAACAUCACAAAACAUGAUGAUGAAUCAUGAACCAAAUUCACCUCUGGAAGAAGUGGUCAUUGAUAAUGUACAACAAGUGGAUGAAAGCGAGGAGUAUCUUGAUGAUGGUAGGAAAAACAGAGUGAAUAUCAACAACAACCCAAUGUCAUGUCAAGGUGGCUCAACACCUUUGACACCUUCAAGAACUUCUACAACAGCACCUUCAGUAGGAGUCUCUAUCAGCACAACAACAACUUGUAGUACUGCUACACCAAAAACAACAACAACAACAUCACCAGUGGUCACUGUACCAACAAGAACCUCAUUGGAUAUGAACCAAGAUGUCAGUCAUCAAACAACCAGUGCUGUUGGAAGUCCAAGUAACAACAACAAGCCCAUUCAUACAUUCAAGAAUCAAGACAAUGGAAUUUUAGAUUUAACACCGAUCAAUUUAGUGAAAUCAAACAACAACAAUAGCAACAACAUUAAUACCAUGACUCCACCAGGAACCAGUAUUGCUUCUCCGGUCAUGAUUGGUAGUGCUAUGGCUCAAAUGGAACAACAAUCCACUCUCUCCACGUCUCCAAAACCAAUACAAAUACAAACUCAAGUCAGAAAAGAUUCCUCUCCAACACACCAUCCAGUACAAGCCACUCCAGGAUCUCCUCAAUCCAAGAGAAAUAGUUUUAUUUUCACACCAGCAAAGGUGGCUCCCUCUUCCUCGUCGUCAGCAACUUCUCAGACCUCUCUAUUAGCAAACUCUAUCGGAUCAGCAAUAUCUUCAAUUGUUUCAAUAACUUCGACGUUAUCUGCUUCACUUUCUAGCGCUUCCUCCUCCUCUUCAUCACAUAAUCCUUCUUCAAAUUCAACUCCUUCAGAUACACAACCAAAAUCUGCCAGUUCUUCACAGCAAUCUCAGCAACAACACGUACCAACGAUUAAUGAUUUUUGUGAAGUUCACAAGGACCAACGACUCAACACAUGGUGUCACACGUGUGGAGAUGAAUUGGUCUGUGCCUUGUGUGCCAUCUCAAGACACAAAGGACAUGACUAUGAUUUGGUGGAGGAAGUAUUCGAAAAGGAAAAGCAAGGUUUAAAAGAUCAAAUUGUGCAAAUGCAACAAAAUAUUUCAGAAAAGAUGGAAAAAUUAGCUAGAGAUAAAAAUUUAAUGGCUCAAACUCAUGAAGAAGGAGUUAAAGAAAUUAAUGAAAAUUUCGAUAAACUUGAAAAGAUUAUUGAACAAAAGAGAAAAGAAGUGUUGGAGAAGUGGCGAAUUUGUUGUGAAGAGGAAAUAUCUGAAAAGAUACUCACAAGUGGAAUGCAACAAUUAUCUCAAAUCAAAUUUUUAACGGAUGGCUUUUUAGAAAAUCUGAGCAAGAUGGAAAUUUCUGAAUUUAUUCAAUGCAAGACAAGAAAGAGUUUGUUGAUUCAAGUUGUGAUUCAACAAUUUCAGGAAAAUCUUAGAAAAAUCGAUAGAAGUUAUCUCUCUGACACAUUGAAUGUUGGUGUUUCGUUUGAGGCCAUGAAAGAAAUCACAGAUAUACUUAACACCAAAUUUGGAGUAAUUGGGCCAAAAGUUUCAGGCAAUGUCUCCACUCCCAACAUUUGCAAUCAUACAUCUUCAUCCACUUCUUUGCCUUCUUCAGCGUCCUCUACUCCUACCACCGGAAGUAGCUCUUCAUUGGUGCAGAGCCCAAACACCCCAGUCGCCAUUGAGAAGUGUAGAAUUGAAGGCAAAUUUGUUUGCAAAUUUGGAGGAAAAGGGUCAGAAGAUGGCCAAUUUUCAAGCCCAACAGAUCUUGUUAUCGACCCAAAUGACAAUAUUAUUGUUUGUGACAAUGAAAAUAAUCGUGUACAAAUUUUCUCGAAGGAAGGAAAAUUCUUGAGAAAAUUCUCUGUACCAAAGCCUUAUGGAGUCACCUUUGAUUCCAAGGAGGGAACUAUUCUUGUCACAAGUGACGACCAUUGCGUCUACGCGUUUGAUCGAUCAGGCAUGGAGGUCGGAAAGUUCGGUUCUAAGGGUUCGGACUAUGGCAUGUUCAGUUACCCAACAGGCAUUGUAGUCUCAGAGCCCAAAGAUCAGCAUGUGCCUGGCAAAAUUUUCAUUUGUGACCAUCAUAACCAUCGUAUUCAGAUUUUUGACAAGUAUGGAUCCUUCAUCAAGUCCUUUGGAACCAACGGAACGAAUCCGGAGAUGGAGGGAGGUUAUUUCUACGGACCAAACAGUAUUGAUAUUGACAUUGAUGGAAAUUUGGUGAUUACGGAUAGAUACAAUUCACGAGUACAAGUUUUUACACCUGAUGGCGUUUUUGUUCGCAAGUUUUCAGUCAAGAAGAGUGAACCUCAAAAUUCUGAUGGUGAUCCCACUGGAAUUUGUUGCUUUAAGAGAAAUAUUGGGCUGAAUUAUGCUGCCAUUUGUGAUUACAACAACAAUCGUAUUUCUAUUUGGAAUAUUAGAGAUGGAACCUUAGUCAAACAAUUUGGUAGCUAUGGCAGUGAAGAUGGACUCUUUGAUGGACCCAAUGGGGUCGGCUUGACAAGUGAUGGAAAAAUAGUUGUUGUUGAUUACCACAACCAUCGAGUGCAAAUCUUCAAAUAG